AUGCUUCCUCUCGUCUUGAUGUCUCUGGCUGUCGCGGCUACCGCGUCCAGCAACUACACUCUUCCCAGCGACUUCAACAUCAGCGCCAUCAGCUUGUCGGAGCGAAACUCCUGGUGCACUGCUGAGCGCAACUCUUGCCCUGAAAUCUGCGGAGGUGUUGCUACGAGCAACUCGUGUGAUCCGAGCACUCUGGACUUCUCCUGCGUCUGCUCCAAUGGCUCCACUGCCGAUGUCGCUGAGUACACUCAGACCAUCCCCUUCUUUGUCUGCGAGGCCACCUACGCUCAGUGCAUUGAGGACUCGCCCUCUCUCGAUGAGCAGGAACAGUGCCAGGAGACGCGCGACAAGGACUGUGGCACGUUGAAUGCGUCGGCCUCAAGCACUACCUCUUCGACAACCACGACGGCCGCCUCUCUGACCACGUCCACCGGCUCGUCCAGCAGCACUGGUUCGGGUAGCAGUGGAUCGAGCGCCUCUACCACCACCACCAGCAGCUCGUCUUCGACCACUUCCAACGCGGCGAUGCGUCUGGCUCAGGAGCACGCCACGGGCCUGUUGGCGACCGUGCUGUUCGUUGGUCUGCGCCUGAUUCUGUAA